AUGUCAAACAUACCCACGCCAACAGAGACUGGUGCAAGUCAAAUAGUUUCCAAAGUCGUUGAGCAAGAACCUCACGUCAUAAAAAAAGAGCCUCUAAAUACUGCGGACUCACGUUGGGUUGGUCUAUACAAGUUAACCUAUGUUGAUCCUUAUGGACAAGAAAGGUUCUGGGAAAGCGUGGAAAGAAAAACAAAAAGAACCAACGAAUUGACUGUUGUUGGAAUCGUCGCGAUAUUGACCUCAAAAGAGACUGCAGAGCGUAAAACUUUGCUAUGCAUACAGUUUCGACCUGCCGCUGGAGUAAAAUGUGUUGAAUUUCCAGCAGGAUUGAUCGAUGAGGGAGAAACUUUCGAGCAAGCAGCGCAUCGUGAACUUUUUGAAGAGACUGGAUACCGCGGGAAAACAGUUUCUAACACUUAUAAGAUGUCCUCUAAUGCUGGACUAUUGAAUUCUGCAACGAAACUGGUUUUCAUAGAGGUGGAUCUCGAUGACGAAAUCAAUAAAAAUCCAAAACCAUCGCUUGAGGAGGGAGAAUUUAUCGCUGUUGUGACAGUUCCAUUUCGGAAUCUAAAUAAGACGUUACAAGAAUAUGAGAAAGAUGGAUACGGGAUCGAUUCUCGACUUGCCUCUUUUGCAUAUGGAUUAGAGAUAACACUCCCAUAUAUCGCAGAAAUAGCCGAUACAUCAUGGGUACUUCUGCCAGGUUCACUAUGUUAG